GGUCAAAGGUUACCAUAAAUGUUGUUUGAAGCUGUGUCAGUUUUUUUUAAAAUUCUCCUGAUUUGAUUAUAAUAGAAGAUAAUCUGAGUUUCUUUGUCACGAUUUAUACAUCAGUGAAAAUAGACGAGGUUAGAGUGAAAUCGUAGAAACGUUAGAAAGACUGUUAAUAGUGGAGGUAAAACAAUGCUAUUCUGAAACCUGUGAUUGAAUAAAGACUAGUUGCCAAUUUGCCAGUUGCCAUUGGAAGGCGUUGUUAAAAAUGCCACAUUUGUAUCCAUGGUUACUUGGAGGCCAUCACUAUGACAGCAUACAUAACCUCACAAAAGGUAACUGUAGUGAUGGAGUACAAUGGUUGUAUGUGUUACUUGGUGACUGUGUGACAAAUUCAAAUGAAUACGCAUCUGAUAUUUUUGGAUUACUAUCCAUUGCAUUAUGGGUUUUUGUUAGUACACCUCAAAUGGUCAGCAAUUGCAGAAACAUCCAAGGUGUGGCUGGAAUUUCAGUAUUCCUCAUAACCCAGUGGACAUUAGGAGACACCACCAAUCUGAUUGGAAGUAUAUUGACCAGUCAGAUGCCAUUACAGAUAUAUUUGGCAGUUUAUUUUGUUUUCUCUGACUUAGUUUUGUUUUCACAAUAUGUAUGGUAUCAGGUCUGGAGAAGAAAGCAGAAAAAGAAAGAACAGCACCAACCCUCAACUUUAAUAUUAUGUCUAACAGUGGGCUUUCUGGUAAUGAAUGGACUAUUCCAGGGAUACCUGCCUUCAUCUAGACCAUUACCAGUUCAACAUCAUCCCGCAGGCAGAAAUCUUCUUCAUGUAGAAAUAUUUCACGGUUUAGAAGAUGAAGUAGGAUAUGCAAUAGGCGUGAUAUCAAGUUUAUUUUAUAUAGGUUCUAGACUAGCACAGUUAUAUAAAAAUUAUAAAAGAAAGUCUACAGAUGGCCUGGCUCUGAUGAUGUUCUGGUUGGCUAUACUUGGUAAUGUGACUUAUGGACUGUCUAUUUUAGUUAGAUCCAUAGAAACAGACUGGAUUGUCAUGCAUCUUCCGUGGUUGGUUGGCAGUCUUGGUGUUGUCCUGUUGGAUGUGUCUCUUGUUAUACAGUUUCGAAUUUAUAGUGCUACAGACUUUGAAAGACUUUCUAAUGAGAAAAUGACAGAAGAAGAAAUCCAAGUGGAUGCUAAUGGUGUGAUAAACUACGGUGGACAUGAGAAUUAUGGAUCUAUCAAUAAUCCGGAUGAAGUUCCAGCAGUGUAGUCAAAUAUUAGACAUUAAUUACAAUUUAUAUUUAAUUUGUAUUGCAGGUUUUUUUGUUGAUUUGGUUGUUUAGGUGAAACACAAAUUCAAGUGUUCCAACCGAAUACAGUGUGUGACCAUGAAUAUUUGUCACUUGGGAUUUUUCUGUAUAUUUCAUAUAGAACUUCAACUUUUCAAAAAAUUAUUAUAGGGUCAUUUCUGGUUGGGUUUUGAUCAAUUUGAUACCAAUAGAAGCAUAAUUGUCACAGGUUUAUUAAUAUAUAUGUUUGCAUUUUAGUUGUGGAGCUUUUUCAUUCUAUGAUGAUAUAAACAAUUACCUUUAUGUAUUAUAACCAAAUUAAAUUGUAAAAAAAUAUUACAUCAAAACAAAAUGCAAAUUAUAACUUACUUGGUUUCCAAUCUAUCCCAUUUUAACCUUCAUGUUCACAUUAGGAGAAAACAAAAAACAACUGAAAACAAAACUUACCAAAUAAACAGAUAUACACUUAAGACAAAUCGGUGUCUUUCAACACCUUGUUUGUAAAAAUUCAACCAUAAAUGCUGUUAAAAUAUUUAUUUCUUAAAUGUGUUUUUAUUAAUUAUUAUUGUUUUUUUUUAAAUAAUUCUUUAUUUAAAGAGGGUAGCACAGUUAGCUAUGAAAUAUAUAUAAAAAAAUAUAGAUGUCAAAUACUUUUGGCCUUAUACUGCAUAAAGUAGACUUCAAUACAGAAUUUGUCAAACAUAUGUAUUCAAAUGUCUAUUUAAAUGAAUUUGUUCUCAGUAAAUGAAAUUUGGUAUGUACAAAAAUUCACAGCAUAUUCAUUUUUCUUUCUUAUAACUUAGUACAAUAUGCCAAAAAAUGAAUUUGUUUUAGUUUAAGGAAGUUAUUUCCCUUCUUCAGAUUUUUACAGCUUAUUAUUGACGAAUUUAAGUAAAAAAAAUCUUGAUUUUUACAAUAAAAGUUACACCCUCUACACCCCUUAAUAUGCCACUGAUUCCUAAGAUUUAUUAAAGUGUAAAGUAUGUGAACAUUAAAUAUUCAUUCACAUGUUCUUACAUUUUGAAAAAUUGCCUGUAGUUUUCUGGGAGAGCCUAACAAAUUAGUAAAAAUAAUGUUAGAAUUUGCAAGAAUAUAAAUUUAUGAAUUUCAUACUUAUUUUUAAAAUGUAGAGAGAAAAAAAUCAUCAUAACCCAGCAACAUCAUUGGCUGAAGUUGGAAUUUUUAUGAUUUGAUUUUUGUAUGAAUUAAUCUACACAUGUAAAUAUUUUCUCAAACUAUGAACAAUCUGCCAGGAUAAAAGAUCUUUUUUAUUUUCCCUCCAUAAUUCGGGCAUUUUUAUUGGGUUAUGUUUUCCUAUUUUCAGUAUAGUUU